AAAGUUCCAGAUCCAGAGACGAUAAAAGUCUACCAUGAUUGGAAAACCAUGCUCGCUGAGGGAGACUUCGACAUCGUCUAUAUCUCAACGCCUCAUCCACUCCACUAUGAGCACACAAUGGCCGCGUUGAAGGCAAAGCGGAACGUGCUCGUCGAAAAGCCAGCAACCAUGAACGCUGUCCAGUUCAAGGUUCUUUCGGAUCUAGCACGCAAGCAGGGAGUGGUAUUGAUGGAGGCAAUGUGGACCAGGUACCUGCCCGCGACUCGAUAUUUACAGGAAGUCCUGUUGCCAAAGAUCGGAGAAGUGAGAAGAGUCUACGCGGACUUCUCCUUUCCAAUCGUUUCGGACGAUCUGUCCCACUCUUCUAGAUUCCUCGAUAAAGGUGCUGGAGCAGGGAGUCUGUUGGAUCAAGGAGU